UAUUUACCGAUUGUUUUUUGGCAAAUACAGUUGAAAAAUGCCGCAUUGUGCAAGGGGAAAGUGAAGUUUGACCGCUAAGUGGAUUUACUUUCGUGUAUUUUGUGUUUGAAAGAUCAAACUUUUAAAAGUGUUUUUUGUUGAUAAAUUUUGAGCGGAAAAAAAUUACUUCGAUUGGACAAACUUUUAUUACAGGCACCAGUGCGUAUCGAUUGCCAACACAUCCACUUUCGUAAAAAAAUAUUUACUAAAAAAUUUGCAAGUGUUAAUGUAAAAAAAUGAGUUUGCAUAUGCCGAAUUUUGGGCAUUAUACACCACUUCCAACGAUUGAAAAACAAAAUGAAAUUUUAGAUAUUCUUAAGCGAGUUUUGUAUAACCAGGAGUUGUUGGACAAAAGACUAUCUGCUAUCGAAUCUACGAUUUCAGAUAACGGAAAGGCACUAAAAGACGACUUGAAUAAAAUUCAGAAUAAUCAAUCCAAGCUCAGUCUAAACCAGAAAUAUUUAUCACAGACAUUGGGGAUAAUAGAGAUCAAUGUAGCCAGUUGUACCCAGAAGACUCACUCUAAACUCUGGCCUGCACAUGCGGUUUUUAUGAAAAACAGGUGCCAACCUGUUUGCUAUACGUCUGGGGAGGCGGACGACAAAACCAUGCAUGUAAUUACACUACCUUUUCGUUCGUUUGCCGAUAUUAGGGCUGCAGAGGACAGACUUAAAAUUCCGGGACAUGUUCAAGAACUGACGUCAAUGUUCUACAAACUGAGAGGAGUAUGUGCAGAUGUGAGUUACGUAAUGCAACACGUAUUUUCGGAUGAAGUUCUGGAGCUGUAUAAUUGGGAAGGAAGGUUUGAUAAGCAACCCCUCUGUAAAUUAUGGCUUGUGAACUCAAUAAUGCGAGACGUAUUCAAAGAUCAAAGCGCAGACGAUUUUGAGAAAAACGUGAAGAGAUCACUUGAGCUUAGCCAUCACCGCUUCAAGCAGAAACUGUAUUUGGAAAAAAAGAAAAAUGAAAAAAUUAUUUUAAUUUGAAAAAAAAACUAAUAUUAGUUUGGUUUUAAGUUUCAUUUGCGUGUGUGGUGUAAUGGAUGUAAUUUGUUUUUAUUUCGUAAAAGUGUAACAUAUUUUUAGGCAUGAUUCAAUAACAAAAGAUUGUGUAAAGUUUGACAAUUGACGCGAAAACAA